UCAUAGAGGGUGGGAGAAAACGAUCCGGGCGUCCACUUACGACGAAGAGUUAGAUCAACAUCAUUUUACGCGACCGGUGUUCUUUGGUGCGCAAUGGUUGUCAGUUUGCAGGCGCAGCUGGACGUUGCAUGGCUUAUUUUGUAGGUACACAGUAGGCUGUUGCAUUUCAUUAUUUAACUCUCGCUCUAAUGAUGAGCAUAGGAAUCGUGCAGUGUGAGCCACCAUUGAAUACCCAAUACGGUGUCCCGGGGAAUUAUGCUGGGAGCAAUAACAACCAUGGAGCAUCGGCUGGAAAUGGUUUUGGUAAUCAUCAUUAUGACCAUGGGAACGAUAAUGAUUACGUUGAUCAGCCAAUGUCCUACGAGUUUGGGUAUGCUGUGAAGGACCAAGCAACUGGAAAUGACUUUGGCAGACGCGAGAGCAGCGAUGGGGAAACUGUAAGAGGAGAAUACAGAGUUCAGUUACCGGAUGGCAGAACACAAAUAGUGACUUACACUGCUGAUUGGAGAACAGGUUUCCAUGCAGAUGUGAGAUACGAGGGUACACCGAUCUAUCCUGAUCAGUACAACACUCAGAAUAAUGGUUAUAAUAAUAAUAACCAGGGUGGUGGCCAAGGUUUUGGCUUCCAUGGUAAUAAUGGCGGUGGAGGAUAUAAUGCAGGCAAUUUAGGAAAUAACGGAGGGUACAAUUACCAAGCACCCAGUGGAGGCUUCAACAGUGGUAACAAUUACCCAUAUCAAUUUGGUUCCAACUCGUUGGACAACAAUUAUAACAAUUUUGGAACUCGCAAUAAUUACAACACGCGAAUUCCAUCGACGACAUACGGGCCAUCCUUCAAGAAGUGACUGUAGUACAAUUCUUGUUGUUAACGUAGGAUAAAAGUGUCAUGUAAGAUUAGCAAUUAUGUAAUAAAAACUAUUUUAUCUUUUUA